AUGCAGCUCCCUCUCACUCUUCUUCGCGCGGCGCAGAAUCGGCCGAUGAUGGUAGAGCUGAAGAGCGGCGAGACCUACAGUGGCCUCCUUGCGAACUGUGACGGCUUCAUGAAUCUCCAUCUCAAGGACUCUGUAUGCACGUCGAAGGACGGCGAGCGUUUUUGGAAGCUCAGCGAGUGCUACAUCCGCGGCAACAUGAUCAAAUACAUCCGCCUGCAGGAAGAGGUACUCGAGACUGCGAAAGACGACAAGAAGGAAGCUCGCGAUAAACCGAGAGUGAGAGGCCGCGGCGGGCGCGGGGGUGGCGUUCGCGGCUUUGGAGGCAGAGGGCGCGGCGAUCGCGGCGGCCGCGGAGGCAGCUGCGCCGCCGGCGGGGACCUCUUGACUCAGGCCGCACACAUAUUUGCUCAAACGCCCUCGCUUCCGCGCGAAACUGAGUACGCGAGUGCUGGGAUGAUCACCCGAACACCGUUGGCGAGCCAUAUAGAGGUUCAGGAGAUUUUGAGUGGGCGGCAACCGCAAAACUUCCAGGGUCACUAUGCAGAUGAGCCGGUAAAAGUUUUCCGCAGCGGCUUUCGCUGGUUUCCUGAGACAGUCAGGGCAGGGGGGACUCCUGUCGAGCUUGAGCAGCACGACGACGCACCCCUGGCGUCCUGCGUGGCUUCAUCUCCAGCAGAAGCGUCGGAGUCUCUCACCGCCCUGCCUCUGCAGGCGCUGCCGCGAGCGUGCGUCUCUCAGCAGGGCCCGGAGCCGCGCCCGCACCGGGUGUCCCCUCGCCCCUGGCCGCAGGCCCGUUCGGGGCAGUGGGUCUGA